AAUGGACGGUAAGGAGACCGCAGGCUCGUUGGCAAAUGACCUUGCGCGCUUGAUUGAUGACAAGGAGACGGCUGAUGCAGUAGUGAUUAUCUCGGAUGGACGAGAUCGUGUGUACGUUCAUCGGCUGUUGCUCUGGUCGCGUUGCCAACGGUACAGGAGUGUGAAGGACUUCUGGGGUGACGGAUAUUCGCCGAAAAAUCCGUACGUUCUUCAUCAGAACAGCUGCAACUCGCUCGUGUUUCGUAGCGUCGUGAGGUUUAUUUACACAGGAGAGAUCAGUUUAAGAAUUGAGUCAAUCUUUGAUGUCCUCCAAGUAGCCAAUGACAUGGAAAUAUCCGAUCUCCUGCAGCGAUGCAGAUCGUUCAUCACAGAACAACUAACUCCCGAGACUGCAGCUCAGCUACUAAAGCAAGUCUUCAGAGAAAAAGAAAGCAUCGAAGCUACCAACAUUGGACACGCCGUAAUACAAAGUUGUUUGCAUUUUGUGGAAGACAAGGCAGAAGAGGUGGUUGCAACAAGAGCCUUUCUUGAUCUACCAAAACAAGUCAUCAUACAGCUAGUCAGUAGCAAUAAGUUCGCUCUUGAGGAGGCGGAUGUGUGGCGGUGUUCGUUAGCGUGGGCAAAACAUCAAGUUAAUGUUAAUUGGGAUGUUAAGCGAUGGAAUCAAGAAGAUCGAGAUAAGCUAUCGGCUCAACUAGAUGGGAUUGUAAAUCAUAUCAAGUUGAUGCUGAUAGACAGUAAAGUAUAUGCAGAGGAAGUAGAACCCACAGGGCUGGUCCCCAUGAAAAUGUCUCUAGAACGUUAUCGGUUUGCUGCUGUUUACAGUCAAGAGAAUGAAAAGAGUGACCCUCGGCUGCAACCACGGAUUCUCCAUAAAUUAUUUCGGGGAUCAGAGUUGUUAGUGAACGAGAACAUCCGGUGGCAAACCCUCCUAAACGAAUGGUGUGGCACAGUAGGUAAACAAUGGCAGUUGCUACAUCGUGCGUCGAGAGACGGAUUCUCGGCAAAGACCUUCCACAAGAACUGCGACGAGCAUCGGCCAACAUUCACUAUCAUUUUAGGUCCAGAUGGUCAUUUGUGUGGUGGGUACACGGAUUUGCCUUGGAAGAAUGUUGACAAGCAGGGUGGAUACGCUGCAUCGUCUCGGAGCUUCCUGUUUACGUUAGUAAAUACGAGUGAUGUGCCAGCUAUGAAGUUUAACAUAGUUCAACCGCAAUAUGCUAUAGGAUAUGACCCUGGUUUCGGUCCAAUGUUCGGUGGCGGCUCUGAUCUCUGCCUUUCCAACAAUUGCAACAUCAACUCAGACUCAUACUCCAACUUUCCACACACCUACAACUCAACCAGCGUCCACUCGCUAUCAUCUAACCUCCUGAUGGGAUCUGACACAUUCACAGUGAAAGAGUACGAAGUUUUCACAUUGAAAGGACCACAGCUGGUUCUAACAUAGGUAUAUGUAUACCCAUUAUGCAUGCCAAGGUUUGAUCAAAUAAUUUAAUAUCAACUUGCUCUCGGUCAAUCAUGUAGCUAUUUUAAUGUGUCAUGUGACAAGAUUAUAUAAUUUACUUAAUGCAUGCUGCAUCACAUUUGAUCAAUUAAUUAUUGAUUUAUGCCUACGUAGAGGUCGUACUGUUUCAAUUGAUGGUUGUGUUUUAUACGA